GGCAAAAGUGAAAGCUGUUAACAUUAACUAGCCUGGAAGUCCCCAGAAGCCAGGGUUUUCUGCUCCCCUUGGCCUCACUCUUCUGAAGGGCCCAUAGAACCUGGGUCAAAACCUGCCCUCCUGAGAUGCUUAAGCCAGUACUGGCGCCUCAAGGGGGCUUCUCCUUCGAGAACUGCCAGAGAAAUGCAUCCUUGGAACGCGUCCUCCCGGGGCUCCGGGUCCCUCGUGCACGUAAGACCGGCACCACCAUUGCGGGACUCGUGUUCCGAGACGGGGUCAUCCUGGGCGCGGAUACGCGGGCCACUAGCGACUCGGUCGUGGCGGACAAGAACUGCGAGAAGAUCCACUUCAUCGCUCCCAAAAUCUACUGCUGUGGGGCUGGAGUAGCUGCGGAUGCGGAGAUGACCACGCGGAUGGCGGCGUCCAACAUGGAGCUGCACGCGCUGUCCACUGGCCGAGAGCCUCGGGUGGCCACGGUGACCCGCAUGCUACGCCAGACACUUUUCCGGUAUCAAGGCCACGUGGGCGCGUCGCUCGUCGUGGGCGGGGUAGACCCGACUGGACCGCAGCUGUACAGUGUGCAUCCCCACGGCUCCUACAGCCGUCUGCCCUUCACUGCCCUGGGCUCCGGACAAGAUGCGGCCCUCGCCGUGCUGGAAGACAGGUUCCAGCCAAACAUGACGAUGGAGGCUGCACAGGAACUGCUGGUGGAAGCCAUCACUGCAGGGAUCCUGGGUGAUCUGGGCUCUGGGGGUAGUGUGGAUGCAUGUGUGAUCACCGCAGCCAGUGCCAAACUGCUGCGAACACUGAGCACACCCACAAAGCCCAUGAAAAGGCAUGCCGGAUACCACUUUGCUCCUGGAACCACUGCCGUCAUGACCCAGGAAGUAAGACCAUUAAACCUAGAGCUCCUGGAGGAAACUGUGCAGGCCAUGGAUGUGGUGUGAGUGGUCUGAAACAUAAAUCCAAAAACUAUAAACUACUAAACAAA